ACUUAAGUUGCCUAUCCAUCUUUUCUCAUGUUUAGAGUUGAAACAUUUGAAACUUUUUAACUGUUGUUUCAAUCCUCCACCUACUUUUCAUGGGUUUCCAAACCUAUUGAGCCUAGAGUUGUGUAAGGUAGAAUUCGAAAGCGGGAAAUUUGGGGAUUUUUUUACGCGGUCUCCCGUGCUUGAGAUUUUGGAUAUGAGCUUUGCUAAUUUUAAUUGUUUUGGUAAAAUAGCUGAGAUUGCCAAUCUUGCAAGUCUCAAAAUAUUAUCUUUGCUCUUGCGUAAUUUUGAUUAUACCCUAAGUUCUAGUACUAUCUUUGAGCUUCUCGGUUUUCUUCCAAAAAUUCAACAACUUCAUUUGGAUUUUCUAUGGUUUGAGUUAACAGAAGAUGCUGCUAAAAAGAGAUUCCCUACCAACUUUCCCUCUCUCAAGACUCUUAAACUUACAAAAAUAGAUUUAAGCAAUGAAAUUAUGUUAUCAUUUGCUUUUGAACUGAUUAGAAGCUUCCAGAAUCUGCAGAUCCUUGAAAUCACAGCAAGCAAAUUCGUUGAUUCACCGACACCUGAAAUAUGUUCUCUAGAGGUAGACUACAAUACAAUGGGGUUGUUGAAGCUACGAAGUGUUGUCUUUAAAUAUUACAAAGGUUCAGAGAACGAGUUAUGUUUGGUAAAGUAUUUAUUUGCGUGUUCCCCUUUCUUAAAGAAGAUUGUUAUUCGUCCCUGCUCGUUUCUAGAGUCCGAUGAAAAGUUUAUGUUUGCUAGGAAGUUGUUGAAGCUCCAUCGAGCUUCCUCUGCAGUUGAUAUCGAUCUAUACUAGUUUUAGUUGUUUUAAACUUGUUUUUUUUUCCGCAUAUGUUUGUAUGAGUUUAUGGUCCCCUUUUCACGAUGCUUUAAAUAGCGCAAGGAGGUUAAUGUGUUUGU